ACGAUAUCGAUACCGCCAUCUAGUGACGAACCGGAAAAGGCUUAACACGAGAGACAGUGUCAGUAGUGUUUUAAUAAUUGUUAAUACGCGAUAUUGUUUUAGAAAAGAUUAUCCAUGCUUGUAUGUUAAGGUGAGUAUUGAUGGUGCCUUUGCAAUAAUAUAGAACAAGCAAGAUGACUCAACCUGCCAAACAGAGAGCGGCGUUAAAUGAAAAAGGAGAUGGAAUUCGUAAGGAAGAAUGGCUUGAUAAUCUUGAAAACUUGCAUAUUCAUAGAUCCGACAUGAACAGACUUAUUAUGAAUUAUUUAGUAACAGAAGGUUUUAAGGAAGCGGCAGAAAAGUUUAGAAUAGAAUCGGGUCUUCAACCAUCGAUCGAACUAGAAAGCUUAGACGAAAGGAUCCAGAUAAGAGAUGCUAUUGAAAAUGGUCGUAUCCAAGAGGCAAUCGGUCUAGUCAAUAAGUACCAUCCCGAAUUACUGGAUAACGACAGGUAUCUCUUCUUCCACCUACAACAGCAGCACCUGAUCGAAUUAAUACGCGAACAGAACAUAGAGGAAGCGUUGAAGUAUGCUCAGGAUCAGUUAGCAGAAAGGGGUGAAGAAAACCGAGAAAUCCUUUCGGAAUUGGAACGCACCCUGGCCCUGCUGGCCUUUGACGAGCCGGAGAAGUCCCCAUUUGGAGAACUGCUUCGUCUGUCGCACAGGCAGAAGAUCGCCAGCGAGGUCAACGCCGCCAUACUCGAUAUGGAAAACCGAGAGUCCAUCACACCGAAGUUGGCCAUCCUGCUGAAGUUGUUACUGUGGGCGCAAGACGAACUAGAUAAAAAGAAAAUUAAAUAUCCGAAAAUGGUCGACUUGGCUCACGGAGUCAUUGAAGAUCCCAAGUAAACUUUUUAAGAAGAAAGAAAUGCAUAAGUUUGUAUUGGAAUCUGUUUUGUGCUAGUAUUGAGUAGUGUGUGUGUUUUUAUGGAAAUAUUACUUUAAUAUGUGUAUUUUGCUCCGGAUAUUUUUUCGACAGAUGGAUUUCUAACUCAUUCUAUUUCUAAUGUGUGUAAUAAAUGCUUUGAACUAAUGUAUGACUUAUGUAGCUAGUUAGGAAAUUAAUUUAUGUACUACAAAAAUUUUGUCCAUUUUUAAAAUAUUUAAAUAAUAAUACAGUAAUACGAAUAUGUAUAAGAAAAAUAUAAUUGAUAAUUAUGUAAUAGUUUUCUGUUUAUUAGUAAUUAAUUGGAUUAUUAUUUCCAUGAAUAAGAAAAAAUUCUUUUACUUGAUAAAUAUUUAACUUAAUUGAGUUUUAUAUGCAUAUGAUCUUAAUAUUCUGGAAUAUAAUUUAUAAAAUUUAGCAUUUGAAAUAAAUUGACAUUGCUCGUAAUAAGAAAAAAUAUAACCUGUCUAUUAGAUUUUAAAUUUUUAUUAAUAUUUAUUUUAAGAGUAA